UUAAGACAAGCACAAAAGAGUCUUUGUAACAGAAAACCUGCAAGUAACGCCAUUUUUCACUCAGCUAACAACAAACACCAACCACAAUGCUCCAAUUGGUGCUGUUAUACAAGAACCCAUUGCUUCACGCAUCACUCUCCAUCAUCCUCACCAUAACUCUAUCUUUCUUCAGAAUCCCAAUCCUCUUCCUCUACGCUCUCCAAACCUACAUCCACCCUGAUUCCCAACCCCAAUCCAAUGGUCUCAAAGCCGCCAUUCGCCGCCCCGGAACCGAACCUUCUUCCACGGAGCUCAGAAAGAGGAACAAGUCAAAGGACAAGGUCGAUUUCGACGAAAACAAUGCUCAGAUCUUCAGGAUAAAGCUCGAUCAAAGUCACCUUCAAUCUCGUCUUUAUAUCGAUCAGUAUAUCGUUGCUUUCACUGUUUCUUUUGUUGCCCUUUUUUCUAUUUUGCUUCAUUGGUUUUUGGAUUGUUCAGAGAAUAAUGGGUUGUUGGCAAAUGGGGUUUUUGUUCCGAUUCUGCUAUCAAUUUUCAGUCUUUAUACUUGGGGGAUGCUACUUUUUAAGGUCACGUUUGAGAGAUCUGCGUCAAGAAGAUCAGAGAAGCAAUUAAGUAUUGUUUUUGGGGUUUUAGGGGCGUUUUUAGGAUUGCUUUUGGUUCCUGAGGUUGCUUCUUUGGUUUUGGAUUUUGAUUUUGGGGUUUCUGUUGAUGGGUUUUGGAGGGUUUUCAUAUCUGCAAUGAUGGGUUGUCUUGCUUGUUUCUUGUUCAUUCCUGCUGUAAGAAGUGCAAGAUCUUUUUGGCUUGGAACCGAUCAGCUUCGUUGCAAUUUGUCAAUGAUAACUUGUGGAUUUUAUAACCGUGUGAUCCUUUAUGCAAAUCAAAUCUUGCUUAUUUUAGUGGCUUUAUUAUGGAUUACUCCGUUGUCUGAAGUUUUCGUAAAUAAAAACUACAAUUACAGUAUGGGAAAUAGUGCGACAAUGAGGGAAGUUGGUAAUGCUGAGAGAUUGGUAGGGAAUGUGGGGUUUCUGUCAUCUGAUUUUGACAACUUUCGGCGCUGGUGCUUAUUGGGAUCAAGUUUGUUGCAGAUUGUGGCUUUAAGGGCUAAUAUGCAAAUGUAUCUCAACGAAGCUUUGUUGUCUUGGUACCAAAGGCUUCAUGGUAGCAAGGUUCCUGACUUGGAUUAUAGUAGAGCGAAGAUGUUCCUGCAUAAUCACUAUUUGUGCCUUGUGGUUUUGCAAUUUCUUGGCCCUCCUGUUUUGGUACUUAUCUUUCUUGGCUUGUCUCAGAUUGAUGGUCCUUCCUUUGGAAAUUUUCCAUUGGCAUUGCCUAGCUCUGCUUUUUUCAAAGAGGUUGCAUUGUUUUUGGCUUGGUGGGUAACCUUUCUGUCGGCAAUAUUCUCUUCGGUGAUCCUUUUACUGCAUCGCCAUUGUAUUUUGUAUGUUUCUUGAGCCUUUGUUUUUUAAAGCACAAUUUUAUUGGGUGAGCCUUUUGUUGUAUGUUGAACACAUUUUUUUAGAAUGUUGAGAAGAGUGAGAAGAUUAUUGGAUUCAUAGCAAAAGUUUUGCAGGUUAGUCUACUCAUUAUGAUUCUAUAGGACAGGUAACUUCAAAACAUUCAGAUAUCAUAUGACUGACUUGUAUGUUGUUAAUGUAGUUAUUCGACAUGAGAGUCUUAUGGAAUAAACUAACAAUAGAAAGACCGGAAUUAUAUGACAUUUCACAUUCCCUUCAAAAUUUCAUGCAAAAUUAUUUAUAUAUAAAUUAGAGGUAUGCAGUAUAUAAUAUAUAUUGGUAAUCUAUAGCUAGAAAAUAUUGCCUGCACGUCAUGUUAUGUGAUGGGCAAGCUUAGCACUCUGUAUUAGCCAUUUGUCAUAUGUGUAGUUCCCUUUAACUAAACUUUGUCGUGUUUAUUCAUCAUCCUUUUUUUGA